AGGUAUGUAUCGGCAAAUGAGGUUGGAAAAGCAAUUAAGACAUUCCAUGCUUUGGAGAAAUUCAAUGUAAAAGCCGAUUUGGAUGCAUUUUAUGCUCUUCUCCACGCUCUUUGCAAAAACAAAAAUGUUGAGGACGCCGAAGAACUUCUUCUUUUGAAAAGAGAAUUUUUUCCUCUCGAAACCGCUGGAUUCAACAUUGUUUUGGAUGGCUGGUGCAAUAUUCUGGUUGAUUUGGUUGAAGCCAAAAGAGUUUGGAGAGAAAUGGAAAAAAAUUGCAUUACACCAAAUAUUACUUCCUAUACUUGCAUAAUUGGUUGCUUGGCAAAACAUGGAAAGCUCUUUGAUUCCAUAAGGUUUUAUGAUGAGAUGAAGAGAAGAGGUUGGAUUCCAAACCUUAAGGUAUAUAAUUAUCUAAUUUACGUUUUGACAAGCGAAAAUUGCUUGAAGGAAGCAUGCAGUAUUUUCAACAAAAUCAUGGAGGCAGGUCUGCAACCGGAUUUGGAAACCUAUAAUUGCAUGAUACUUCCACUUUGUAAAGCACGUAAACUCGAUGAAGCACACAAGAUGAUGAAGACGAUGAUAUUGGGUGGUGUUUGUCCGUCUAUUGAUACAUACCAUGCAUUUGUCGAGAUAGAGGAUUUCUGGGGAAUAUUCAAGCUGAUUGAACGAAUGAAAGAGGAUGGUAACAGGCCAAAUCAACGCACCUUUCUCAUAAUUUUUAAUAAUCUUUUCGGAUUGGGUGAAUCAGAAAAUGCUCUGAGGAUGUGGAGUGAAAUGAGUAAUUAUGAUGUCAUUCCUGACAUCGAACAUUACAUCACAAUAAUUAAAGGAUUGGCGGCGCAUGGAUGGCUUCCAAAAGCUAUGGAAUUUUAUGGUGAAAUGAAAUUGAAGGGAUUUGCAACUGAUCCUGAAUUGGAACAGCUCUUUAAAGGCUUUCCUUCGAAUAACAAGAACCAUUGCAGCAGAGGUAGUGAGGGAUAUAACUCCAGGAAACAUGGAAGGAAGAGAAUUCCUAGAGGUUUGAAACUUGGAUAAUUAUAUUUUUCAUAUGAUUUGGU